AUGAAGGGCGCACUUGUGGUGACGGCAGCUCUGAGCAUAGGAGCUGCAUCUGCCCGCAGUAUUCCCAUCCAGGCCCGCAGCCCAUACGGUACCGAUGGCGGUGGCGGCAGCGGCAUUAUAGGAGUCGAUGUCAAUCAUGAUACUAAUCCGAAAACCCAAACGGCUGUGGAGAAGCGAUUCUUGCCCCUUAUUCCUAUAGUUGCAACAAUGGCCGCCCCAGUGGUUGGCAAGGUCGUUGACAAGAUUGCCGACAAGGUCUCUGGAGGGGAUAAGAAGAAGCAGGAGGAGGAGAAGAAGAAGCAGGAGGAGGCGGCGGCAGCCGAGGCGGAAGCAAAGAAGAAGACCGAGGCGGAGGCGGCCGAGGCGAAGAAGAAGAAGGAGGCCGAUGAUAAGAAGAAGAAGGAGGAUGAAGACAAGAAGAAGAAGGAUGAGGAAGAGAAGAAGAAGAAGGCCGAGGCGGAUAAGAAAAAGAAGGAGGAGGAGGAGAAGAAAAAGAACGAACAGAACCCUGCCGUCGUGCCUGUGCCAGUUUCUACCGACCCGAACACCACCACCACCACCACUGGAGAGCCUGGUGUUGAAGGAGGCGUGCCCCAGAACCAGCUUCCUACCGAGGGUGCUGAGGGUGUUCCUGCUUCGGUACCCGGCCAAGCGGUUGAUCCUUCAACCGGUCAAGUUGUCGAUCAGUCGGCUGGUCAAGUUGUUGAUCCGACGACUGGGCAAAUCGUUGAUCAGACAAAUGGGCAAGCUGUCGAUCUGUCGGCUGGCCAAGUUGUUGAUCCGCUGACUGGUCAAGUUGCUGAUCAGUCAAACAGUGCUGUUGAAGGCGGUGCCACUACUUUGCCUGUUGAAGGGGCCACUGGCAUGGAUUUCGCACAAACUGUUCCCGGUGCUGCUACUGGUGCUGAUUCUGCUGGUGGUGCCACAGAUCUGGAGGGUGCCGCUUCCGUGCAAUCCCCCGCCGCCGGCUCUACCGGGCUACAAGACGCCGCGGCCCUGCAACCUCAAACCGCCGCUGCCAACGUCGGAUCUGCCGGAGCUGGCCUCGGUCAGGAGGACACGUCACUUCUCGCUGCCAACCAGCUCACUCAAGGCGGCGCCGCCACUGCCCAGGCCCCUCUCACUCAAAACCCAGCAGCCGCCCAGUCAGUUCCCAUGACAGCCGGUGGGGUCGCCGGCCAGGAUGACCUCGACACGUACGCCCAGCAGUCAAACACUCUCGGCGCGCAGUCUUUUGCCGCCGCCCCGGCUGCAGGCAUGCAGGGGGUCUACCGUCGCGACCUUAGCCUCGCGGCUGGUGGUUCUGACAACGCCGCCUUGGAGAAGCGAAUUGUACCCUCGGCAGUGAUGAGCCUCGUCUCGAUGGCUCCAGUGGUGGCGCCCGUCAUCAGCACGGCUGGCGAUCUUGUCGGCAAGCUUGCCAAGAAGAUCAAGGGCAAGAAGGAUCCCGAGCCGGCUGCUAAGCCAGUCACUGAUCCGGCUGUUGCACCGGCGCAGCAGCCAGCUGCUCAGCCUGCUGCCCAGCCCGCUGCCCAGCCUGUUCAGUCGGUUCCCCAGCAGGGUGUGCCGACUAACAACGAUCCUUUGAUGCAAGGUGCCGAUGAUCUUUAUGACGACCAGUUUGAGGAUGAAUUCGAUGAUGGCCUUGGCCCCCUUCCUAGUGCCGGUGCCAGUGCCGGUGUCGGCGCCGGGAGUGCGGGUGGCCUCGGUGCCGGUACUGGUGUUCCUGCGACUGGUCUCGGUGCAGGCACUGGUGCUGGUGCUGGUCGUGCAGGUAGUCUUGGUGCUGGUGCUGGUGCUGGUGCUGGUACUGCUGCUAGUACUGGUGCUGCUACUGGUGCUGGUCGCGCAGGUGGUCUCGGUGUUGGUGCCGGUGUUGGCACCGUUAACCUUGGUGUCGGUGCCGAUUCUUACGGCGCUGACCCCUAUGGUGCUGAUGCCGGCUUUGACGAUGGUUAUGAAGAUGACCUCUACGGGGCCGCUUCGGCUCAGGGAAUUUACCGCCGCGAUAUCAAUGAUGCUAACGGCCAGGAUGGCACCGAAUACUCUGACAGCUCCGACGACGAGUUCUUCGACGCCCAAGAGUCACUCAACGCCGAUGUAAACUCUGUUAACCAAAACGACGACGACUACGGCGACGAAGCGGAUUCUUUGUACAAGCGUGACGACCCGUACGACGACGACGACGCCGACGAGGACGAGGACGACGAUGAGUACUCAAGCAUUUUCAAUGAUGAAGAGCAUCCUGAUAACACUGACCUCUCUAGGCGCCAAUCUACCGAGCAACCUCUGGUCUACGAUGAUAUAACUGAUGAAGACGCAGUGGCCGAGAUCAUGAAGAGGUUUGUCCCAGCUCGUCGCGUCAAGCGCAGCUGGAGGGCGUGA